UUAAUUGCAAAAUAUUAGACAUCCUCGUUCUAGGGUUACAAAACCCUAUAUAAAAAUCGCAUCUUGUAUAGCCAACACUUCUCAACCCCCGCAAAAGAAGAACCCUAGCGGCCACAGAUCAAGCAGGAGGCUUUUCUUAUUACUCAAAUCUUUGACCAUGGCGGAUGUCGAUACUGAGGUGGCGGUUGCAGGGCAGCCAAAGAAGAGAACGUUUAAGAAGUUCUCCUUCAGGGGUGUGGAUUUGGAUGCUCUUCUUGACAUGUCCACCGACGAGCUUGUCAAGCUCUUCACUGCUCGCGCUCGCAGAAGGUUUCAGAGGGGUUUGAAGAGGAAACCCAUGGCUUUGAUUAAGAAGCUUCGCAAGGCGAAAAGAGAGGCUCCACCUGGUGAGAAACCAGAGCCAGUUCGCACUCACCUCCGCAACAUGAUCAUUGUGCCAGAAAUGAUUGGGAGCAUUAUUGGUGUUUACAAUGGCAAGACCUUCAAUCAGGUUGAAAUCAAGCCAGAAAUGAUUGGCCAUUACCUUGCUGAAUUUUCUAUUUCAUACAAGCCUGUCAAGCACGGUAGACCUGGUAUUGGUGCUACCCAUUCUUCAAGGUUCAUUCCCCUUAAGUGAGCUAUAUUUCAGUUGCUGGGAUACUUAGUUUAUUGGUGGUGUGAAGGACGUCUGUGUUGAUCAAAUUUUUGUUUGUUCUUUCAAUUUCUGGACAACGUAUUAAUGUUUGAGUUAAUUUAGAUGAUGGAACUUCAUGAAAUCUAGUUUAAAGAAGCUUUGUUUGUAUUA